AGCUCGGAUCCGGAAGCAGCCCGGACCCGCGGCCACGACGGACCGGAAACACUGCGGCGGGAGGAGGUUGAGCGGCGGAGAUGGCGUUGACCGUCCGCACCGACCUCGGGGACAUCAAGGUGGAACUGUUCUGUGAACGCGCGCCCCACACCUGCCAGAAUUUCCUGGCCCUGUGCGCCAGUGAUUACUACAAUGGCUGCCUCUUUCAUCGCAAUGUCAAAGGGUUUAUUGUGCAAACUGGAGACCCCACAGGUACAGGGAAGGGAGGAUCCAGCAUUUGGGGCAGGAAGUUUGAAGAUGAGUUCAGUGAACACCUCAAGCAUAGUGUCCGAGGAGUGGUUUCCAUGGCCAACAACGGCCCCAACACAAAUGCCUCGCAGUUCUUUUUCACCUACGGCAAGCAGCCUCAUCUGGACAUGAAGUACACUGUGUUUGGCAAGGUGAUCGAUGGGCUGGAGACACUUGAUGAGCUGGAGAAACUUCCAGUGAAUGAGAAGACAUUUCGUCCCCUGACUGACGUGCGCAUCAAGGAAGUUGUUAUUCACGCCAACCCGCUGGCGUUCUGAGUCAGGGUCGGGGGUGAGCGGUGACAGGUCGGGGCCAGGCUGGACGGUGGGGCUGACCCUGGGAGAGUGAAGAUCGGCAUGCAGAUACCGGUGCCACCACUAUUCACCGCCAGAAAUCAGGCCUCGUAUGGAUUGGAGGGGGUGGGAAACUGGGCAGGGCCUCGACACUCUGCUCAUCUCUCCAUGAUCUCUCACCCUCCUCUCUCUGCUGUCUCCCUUCCCUGAUUCCCUGUUACCUUCACCACCUGAUUUGGGAAGCAGAGGUGACCCCAGGUCAAACAAAGGGCAGGUGUCCAUCGAGGGCCAGCGUGAGUGUCACUGUGUGUAGACUUACUGUAUGGCUGCAGGGCCAGCAGCUUCAGCACUGUGUUGGGCAUGUUGCAGCUGUGUGGGGCCAGAGUGUAAACGUGCUGGCAUGGUUCGCGUGUCCUCACGGUACCGCCCAGCCUUAAUGUCACUCCAUGUUUCCCCGGCAACAGACACUGACCUGCCUGUUCAGGGUGAGCCCCCACAUCCCCUCCCCCCUUCCCCAGGUGCCCCCAUCACCUAUAUCUCUGUGCCCCCUCCCUCCCCCAUCACCUAUAUUUCUGUGCCCCCUCCCUCCCUCCCCCACCUUGCCAGUGCCUGGUGAUUCGGAGCCAGGUUUGCGACGUCUAGGUGGAACAUCAGUAGUUUGUGUAAAACAUUCACCAUUUUGUCAGUGGUUUUAGUUUGUAAACAUCUUGUCACUGAUUUUACCUUUUUUUUAUGUAAAAGUGAAAUAAAGACAUUAUUUUUGUGAA